UACGAUCUAUUCCAAAAGUAAGACGUAAAAGUGAAUACAUACUGGUAGUUGGCAUAAGAAAUCGUCACUCACAGACUUUCUUCUUCAAAUAUUUUGUCUCAAUUCAAUUCACAGUAUUUUUAACAUAUUUCGCGUACCAGUUCAUGGCAGCGGCAGGUAUGAAAAUUGUUCGAGUACAUAUUCUACGUACCCGUAAGUCACGGGCCCAGGCGAUCCGCGUUGCUGCCAGACGCCAGAUAUUUAGCGAUUGAAGAGCUCAGCUUCAUAAAUUGAUUGGGUACCGACGACGUGACGAAAUAGUAUGCAAAUUGACUAUAUUUACCACGAUAGUUCCAGAAUCAACUCGUUGUUGCUUCGAUUCGAGUUUUGGUCCAGUUUAUUCUGAUAAGGAAUACACAGUCGUCCCUUUAUGAGAUCGUGCCAAACGGAAACCUACUCAAAAGUCAAUAGACCAUUCGCACCUAUUCAUCGUGUAACUAUCUAAUUAAGUUCACGUGCCAUGUGUCGCAUGUUCCGAUCACAAGCUCAUCAGUGUGAUCAAGGUACAAUUGCUACUUGUGAGUCACCCACUCGUUUGUUUAAUCAAGUAAAAUAAAAAAGGCUUGGCGACCUUAUCAGGAGCAGGUUUAACUCAAUAUAGAUUUGACAAGUAAUUAAUUAUGGAUAGCAAAUUGAAAGGGGAUCAAAAAGAUUUACAAAGUGAACCGAUAAUGGCGAGUAAUGAUAAAAUUAGGCGAAAUUGGAAAAAAAAAUGUCGUUUCGUUUAGGAGCAAGGUGUUUAGGGUGAGCGUGCUGAGAUAAUGGGAUUAUCAAUGAAUCACGAACAUGCUAAUUUGCUUCUGUAGGUUGUCAAUAAAAAGCGGAUUCGAUACUGGUGAAGUAUCUGUUUAACUCUGUCUCUUAGAAGGACCAAAUGGAACAUUACAGGCCCAAAUUGCAAAGUGCUGAGGAUAAUGACGCCAGUAUCUACUGGCUCAGCUUGUUAUCUACUUCUCUGGGUGUAUGGCCACAGAAGCUAGUUGGUGAAAGGAAAGUGUGGUGGAAACGAUUGUACUAUUUUAUGAUUUUUAUGCAUUGGUACAAUACCUAUCUACAAGUGGAGUUCUUUUUUCAUAAUUUCGGUGCGCUAAAAACUAUGACUGAGGGUUUGUGUUCGUUUUGCAGCAUCAGUCUGACCGGUGUCAAAAUAAUGCGUUUGUACAGUUUUUCUGAUGAAAUCAACAUGAUGCUAAACAAGAUGAGAAAUCAUGAAUUCAUGCAGAAGAUAACAUUUUUGAAGAAAGGCAAAAACAGAGAAAUUUUCCAACAAUUUGGCCAAAUAAUGAAAAAUAAAUGGAAAGAAGUGAAAAUCAACUUGCAGCUUUACAGUUUUUCCGUUGGAGUUACAGCAAGCAGCUAUUCCAUCAUUCCUGCUGUGAUCAAUUUGAUAAAUCUCUUUCAAGGCAGUUCGGAGCCCCGGAGAUUUGUGUACAAGACCUACUACCGUGGCAUGGAAAAUUUGAAGUACUAUAGCCCACUGCAUGAGCUCCUUUUCUGUUCAGAAUCGCUGUCCGGCUAUACAACGUUCGCUGGAGUGAUUGCAUUCGAUGGGCUGUACGUUUUGAUGACGAUGCACGUGGUCACCAUGUUCAAGUCACUAAAUCUGAUCAUCAAAGAAUCUACUAGUGCUGGCUUUACCGAUGAGGAAAAGCAGCUGUAUUUGCAUGAAUGCGUUGAUCAUUAUACCCGGGCGAUUAUGUUUAUGGACGAUAUCAACAAAAUUUUCUCCCCGAUUCUGAUACUGCAAUUGUUCACCAGCACAUCUAUUAUUUGCGUAAUUGCGUUUCAUGCCAGCGCUAAUGCGAGCGAAGGAGAUUCGCAAAUCUUUGUGAUGGUAGUAUACUUGAUCGCCGCCUUUUAUCAACUGUUCCAGUUCUGCUGGUACGGACAAAGAGUCCAGAAUGAGAGCAUAGAAUUACCGAACUCGGUCUACGAUUGCAACUGGCACCAGUGUUCGAAGAAGUUCAAAACGAAGCUACAGUUAUUUCUGCUGAAUGUGCAGAAGACGGUGGACAUCAGUGCCUACAAUUUGAUUGUAAUGUCCAUGGAGACGUAUCUGUCGAUUGUCAGGACAGCGGCUUCUUACUUUACCGCUCUUCAAACACUUACGGAAGAAUGAGUCAUCAACGUCACACCUAUAAACACUGUAAAAAUCAAUAUUUAUAUAUUGUUUUUAACUACGAUUGCAGAACAAUCAUUGAGUUAUUCAAAUAUUAAACACGCACGCUUUGUUUAAAGAAGUUACCUAUAUUAAAAGUAACGUUUGUUAUGUACAUAACUUUCUGUAAAUCUGACAGCACUGACUUUAAAUCCUCUGAAUGAGCCAUUUUACGAAGUGACAACAAUGUUGAUGAUGAUAUUGAUUUUCACGGGUUAUUGGACGCUACCUCCUGUCAAAAUUCAUUCAUAAAAUCGGCUCGUAAAAUGGACUAUGAAGCGAUUUCUUCAUUGAAAAUAAGCACUGUGAUUUCACUCAUCCCCCAUCUGGUUUUUAUAUAGGUUCCUGGGCACCAAAAAUCAUGGAAAUUUAGAUUUCUGCCCAGUUUGGCGUGCAGAUUUAGAAUAUGAUAUUAUCUCAACGCCGUUACAGAACCGAAAUCUAGAAUUAAAGAAUUCUGAAAGAAUCCUUGGAGCAGUAAAAAAAAGUUAAUUUUUGUAGGAUUUCCUGGUGGAAUCAUGUAUAGAAGAAAU